AUUCUCAUGCGACGAAGGCAAGACCUGUAUAUCAACGCUAUGGAUGUGCGACGGGUUUUACGAUUGCAAAGACAAAACCGACGAGAUCAUAGAAGAAAACUGUCACCACAAAUACCGGAACCACAUCAUGCAGGACCCGCUGUAUUGCCUGAGCGAGUUGAGCACGGGCGAGCAGCACCACUAUUGCUCAGAUUCAUCUUACUGCCUGCCGGGUGAUAUGAUGUGCGAUGGCAUCCCCGACUGCCGCGAUGGCAGCGACGAGGGACCCUUCUGUGCUAAUUGGACUACAAUGUGUACUGCAGAAAAAAAUCCAUGCGUAGAAAACAUAACAAGGUGCUUUCCAGACCGCAACGGUCCCACUUGCAUGUGCGAGAGUUUCGCCAACGAGAAAAAAUUUAACUACGAGAAGAAAAUUUGCGAAGACGUUGACGAGUGCGCCCAACUCAAACCUCACUGCUCGCACUACUGCGAGAAUGCAGAAGGAAGGUACAUCUGCAGUUGCGACGAGGGGUACACUACAGACCCAUUCAGUUACCUCUGCUAUGCUACUGGACCUGAAGGCCUGAUAUUCUUCACCACGGCAGACAAGAUAGCUUUGGUGAAAAUAAAGAGCAAACAUAAACUCAUCAUAGCGCAAGAUAUAAAACAAGCUCACGGUGUAUCUUACGACGGUACAUAUGUGUACUGGGUGCAGACGGAGCAGGGACACCAAGCUAUCAUGCGGGCGCAGCUGGACGACUUCGCGAAAACCAAGCAAGUGCUAGUGAGCAUUGGCCUGGAAGACCCGGGCGACAUCGCCAUAGACUGGCUGGGGGGACACUUGUACUUCAGUGACGUGGAAAGGGGAGCCAUCUCCGUCUGUCGCACUGACGGCUCCAUGUGCACUAACUUGCACACUAACGCGAAACAGCCCAGAUUCGUCACCCUUGAUGUUAAGAACGGGACCAUGUACUGGGCAGACUGGCACCACAGACCUCUCAUCAUGAUGGCUCGCAUGGACGGCUCCCAGCCCGAGGUCCUGAUCGACAGCUUACACACCUUCGCCACAGGAUUAGCGCUGGACGUCCCUAACGGACGGCUGUACUACGUGGACAAGACGAUCAAGGUGUUCAAACUGGACAGCAGGCAGGGUUACUCACUCUUCGAGGAGCCAUUCCACCAUCCGUACGCCAUCGCGGUGUUCGAGAAUACCAUCUUCUGGAGCGACUGGACGUCCAACAGCAUCCAGACCAUAGACAAGCUGCACGGCCCCACCUCCAAGAGGUCCAUGCUCAUCACUCUGGACACUCCGAUCUAUGAUAUGCAUAUAUACCACCCAGUGCUGUACGCGAAUAUACACAACCCAUGCGCCAACGCGACCUGCUCCCACCUGUGUCUUAGAGUCACCAACACCACCGUGACCUGCGCUUGCCCCACCGGCAUGGUGCUCCAUGGGAACAAUUGCGAACUUAAAGAAGACUACCACCCCCUUUACCUAGUGGUGGGAGGAGGAUCUUUUUUCACGCGCUUGGACUACAACAGCCUGGGAAACCCCGAGGUCCACACCACGCACUUUGAUAUCGGACGAGUUCAGGCGAUGGCUUAUGAUAAUACAAGAGAUACGCUGUACAUCUACGACGGCCAGCGCAAGACCAUCAACUACAUCAACAUGAGUGACUUCACGCUCGGCAUCACGCACCUGUUCCUGCUGAAAGGGCUGGAGGACAUUGUUGACAUGGACUACGACUACGUCACUGAUUCCUUAUACCUGGUGGACGCUGGACGGCACUUCAUCGAGGUGGUUUCCCUCCGCACCCAGCAGAGGGCGCUGCUGUUCAGGUUCGCGGAAGACGAGACACCCGUCAGCAUCUGUGUCAUGCCGGAUUAUGGGAAAAUGCUUGUGGCAAUAAUGGUAAACGAGGAAAACAAAAUCUUCCGCAUCGACAGCAUUGGUCUGGACGGACAAGACAGGGAGCACCUCAUUAGGACUGACAUAAGAGGGCCGAGGAUCCGGCUGGGCUACGACUCGGAAAUGGACGUGGUGUACAUGGCCGAUGACGGAAACGGCCUCAUCGAUCUCAUGCAUCCUGAGGGCACUGGCAGAGAGACCUUCAGGCAUGUCUCCACCACAGUAACCAGCAUGGAGGUGACGGACUCCUACCUGUUCUGGACGGACCGGAAGGCCAGGUUAUACUGGUCCAACGUGCACGAGGCCUCGCACAAUAUUAGGAGAUUUGAGUUUACGAUGUUCCCAGAAAACACUCAGCUGCACAUCCAAGCGACAUACUCUCCCCCCGACCCCCUAAACCCCCUCCUCAACCACACUUGCCGUACAUCCCACCCCUGCUCCCACAUUUGCGUCCAAACCCCCCACGCUCCCUUUUCUACCCACCGCUCUCGCAAAACCAGUACCCCAGAAAGCUUAGGGUACAGGUGCUUUUGUCCCCCCGGCCUCCUCCUCGUCGAGGGGACCUGUACCUUGCUAGCUACAUGUAAAGCGAAGGAGUUGUACUGCCAUAUAAGCAACGAGUGCGUCCCCAAUGGAAAGUACUGCGAUGGAGUUAAGGAUUGUAAGGAUGGUGAAGAUGAAUAUGAUUGUAAGGAAAGCUCGAACAAAACUCCAAAAGUCGGCACUUUGUGCGUGUCAGGGCAGAUUCCUUGCAAUGGCGUUUGCAUUCACCAAAACGAAACUUGCACUGAAAAAAAUAAUAGUACCAGCAGUAAUAAUACAGGUCCAAUUUGCGCAAGCACAGAAUACCAAGUAUUGUGCAGCACCUCCAGAGUUUGCUUGGAACGCGCGCAGAUGUGCGAUGGGCACCUGGACUGUCCUACUGAGAACGACGAGAAACCGAAAGUCUGCGAUUCGCUGGUCUGUCAGGACCAUGAGUACAGGUGCGCCACAGGCUCUUGUAUUUACAAAAACUUUGUGUGCGAUGGCGAGCCAGACUGCUCAGAUUGGUCGGACGAAGUGAAUUGCACUAAGUCAUGUGGUCUUGGCUUCUACCGGUGCCGCAGCAAAGAAUGUAUUGAGCUGAAGAAACGCUGCGAUGGAAAACAGGAUUGUCUCGACCGUUCAGAUGAGGAGGACUGUGAGGAACCAUCCUCGGAGUUUGAAGUGGGGAACCUGCCAGUGUGCACUGAACAUGAGCACACAUGCGAAUUGAAUAGGAGCAUUUGCAUACCGCUUACGGCACGGUGUAACAACAAGGUCGAAUGUCCGGGGGGUACAGAUGAAAUCAACUGCGACUUCCACUGCGCACCACACGGCAAGUUCGAGUGCCGGCAGGAGCUGUUGUGUGUGGAGAAAAGACGACUGUGUAAUGGCCAUAAGGACUGUCUGGAUGGGUCGGACGAGACGCCCGAAGCUUGCAAAAUGGUGAACAGACCUACAAGAUUGUACCCUAAGACACGGUACCCGGCCGGCGAAUGCUACGACGGGUACGUGUGCGACAACGGGCAAUGCAUCGAGGUGCAAAACGUCUGCGACAAUCAUGAGGACUGCGACGAUGGCUCAGAUGAACAUGGAAAUUGCUCGACAACAUGCGACAACCAUACCUGUGCGUUCUUAUGCGUGAACACGCCGAGGGAAAAGCCACACUGCAUGUGUCCUGACGGGCUGUGGACUGAUGGAGCCAACUGUUAUGACCUGGACGAGUGCAAGCAGGAGGUCUGCUCGCACGUCUGCCACAACGUCGCUGGCACCUUCGUGUGCAAGUGCCACCACGGGUACACGCUCAGGUCUGACCGCCGGACCUGCAAAGCGAUCGAAGGCGAACUGUCCGCGCUAUUCGCGUCCAGGGACACGGUGUGGGAGGUGACCAGCGACGGGCACGGGUCCAUGCUGCACAGGGGAGCGGAGGAUGUGGUCAUCACUGACAUGGAUAUUGAUUUCAAAAGAAAAAGGUUAUACAUGGCGAUCCCCGAAGUCGGCGAACUGGUUGAAGUGACCCACAACGGCAGCGAGGUCGUCGUGACCAACGUUGGGAUACCGACCAAGGUGUCGGUGGACUGGCUGACCGGCAACAUAUACUUUGCUGACAACUCCCCAGCCGGCGCCAUAGUCCGGGUGUGCAACGUCAACAAAAGACACUGCUCGAAGCUGCAGAAGAUGCCUGCUUAUACCAAGAUCACAUCUCUUGUAGUAGACCCGCCUUCCGGCCAAAUGUUCUACUGCAUCGCGCGCGGUAACGACUUCUCUCUAUGGUCGGCCACCCUCGCUGGGUUCAAAGAGACCGACCUGGCUGUGGUCAAGAACUGCACGGGUUUGGCGGUGGACUCGUUCAAACAGAUCAUCUAUAUUGCGGAGACGAAGCCGUCGAGGAUUAUAAAGAUGAAUUUCAAUGGGGAGAAGCAAGUGACGAUCAUCAACGACCAGAAAUACCUUCGAACACCGCACAGCCUCACUCUCUUCGAGGACUCCGUAUAUUUCCUCGCUUCGGACACUCUCAAAAUCACCCGCUGUUCCCUCUUCGGGAAGAAACUUUGCGAGCCUUUUACGUACAAAGGAGUUCCAGCUAACGCGUUUGUGCUAAAACACCCGAGCAUUCAGAGGGAUGAUGUGCCCAAUCCUUGUCAAGGAGUGGUUUGUACGAACCUGUGCGUGGGUGGGCCGAAUGGGACAGCGAGGUGCAUGUGCGGGGAUCAGACACCACCUGUGGACAAUGUGUGCAGGCGAAAAGAGAAAUCACAGUUGCCACGUUUCAACGGCUGGACUCACGAGGACUACCAGACAGUGAACCACGCCAUCGCCACCGUGAUCACGGGAGUGUUGGUGCUCGUCACCAUGUACCUCAUCAUCUUCCUAUACUACAACUUGGUGCAUAAGAAGCGGAGAGCUCAGACUUCGCCUUACAUGCGAGUGAGAUUCCAAAACGCGCCUUCAGGUUCUACGAGUCCACCCAGCACGGCUGUCGUUGAAGUCAAUCCAACUCUUCCAACUCAGCCGAACGAGUUCGUGAAUCCUUUCGAAUACGUGCUCGACCUUUGGGAUCGAGCGGCGCGGAGGCAGAGAAGACCAAUCGGGACUGCCGGCUUGGAGAUAAACAUCCCAUAUGAUUCGCAAGUCUCCGACACGGAGUCUGACCUGGAUGAAAGGGAAAGCCAUCAGAUCGUAGGCGAGUGACGACAUCAAGUGUCUUUGAAAAUGUAUAAUGUUUUAGUAGGAUUUUUAGGCCAUUGUCCCUUGUCACAGCAUGUGUAAAAUACUUAAAUAAUUACGUAAUAAAAUAUGUAUGUUAAUUUUUAUUAUAAUAGGACUAUCUGAAAAGAUAAGUAGUCAAUGAUGAAAAAUUACUAUGUAAUUUUUCUUUUAGUGUUUCUUCUUUUAUUUAGGAAUUGUUUGCUAGUUCCUAAUAAAUCCACUAACUGUAGUAACCUAGAUUAUAAAUUACUUUAAUAAGUAUUGUCAUUGAUAAGGGGGAAUAUGGGAAAAUAUUUUCCCAGGAUCCCCUAAACUUACAACUGCAAAGAAAGUGUUCUAUUUUAAUCAUUAUCAAUAAAAUGUAUAUUUUGUUAUAAGGGGAUACUGGGAAUUAAUUAAUUGAUAUUAUUGUAAUACAUAGUUUUAAUGUAAUUCUUAAUUUACAAGAUUUAAGUUAUGAUUAACAUAAUUAAAUCUUUACUAUUAGCUUUUAAUGAAUCAAGAAUCAAUAUUGUGUGAUUGUAUUUUUUUUU